AUGGGGGGGAGGGGGGAGGAAGCGGCGCUGCUCGCAACUCGACGAACGGCGGCCGCGACAGCCGCGGCUCGGCAGUGCUCGGCGCGACGCCACCGCGGCCUCCACGCGCGGCCACGACCACGGCCGCCCGACGUCGCGUACUCGCACCGCGGGCGCCCGCACGCGCCCCAACCGCGCGGCCACGGGCUCGACGGCGGCUCGCCCGACGCGCGGCUCAGCCACCACCUCGACGCGGCGGCCUGCAAGGGCGGGUUCGGCGCGGCCACGGCGCCUCGGCCUCCACGCGGCUCCGACGCGGCGCGCGACCCCGCCCGCGGCCGCGAGGCGCCCCGAGCACUUCGCCGCGACCUCCACGCGCGGCCGGCUUCGACGCGGCCUGCAUGCGCGGCCUCGGGCCUGGCGGCACAACGGCGGCUCGCGGCCUCGGCGCGGCCGCGCCCAACCAACGGCCCGGCUCCUCCACGCGCCGGCAAGGCGCGGCCACACUCGGCCACCGCACGGCUCGACGACGCAGUCAUCGUGACGAGCAGCGGGUCGCGUCCUGACAGCGCGGCAUCCCCACUCCUCUGCCGCGUCACGCGCGCGGAUCGAGGCGGCCCCGCGGACCCACGCGCAGGGGCGCGCCCCCCCUGGCGGCGGUGGCUGAUGGGGCUGGGGGUUAGGGUUUGGAAACCCUAG